GGGGAAAUGAGGAAACUGGGCCCGGCCUUGGGGCUGGGGAGCGGCCCUGGGCUCCGGCCCCUGGAGGAGCUGAGCAUUCCAGGGGCCUCCUUCCAGGGUGCUGCCCUCUUGAAGGACUGACCGGGCAGCUCCCCCACAAGAGAGAGUGUGUAACAGACUGAAUCAGAAGAAAACUUCUUCCGACCACAGAGGUGCAGAGCGUCAUCAAUGGCUUAAACAGGCCUCCCAGCCGCUGGGCUUGCACACUUUGUUGUUUCAGCCGCCAGACAUAUGUUUUUCUGGGAAUACAGGAAAUUAUCUCUGCUCUUUGAGGAAGGGUAGAAUUUUUUUUUCUGCCUGUGUUUGGGGAUUCCAGACUGUUCCAUCAUCCUGGACACCCUCUGGCGCCUGGGCUGGAUGAAAGAGAUCAGCUGCUGAAACUCUUUGAUCGCAGGGACUUCUUCAGUGAGAACUCCUGAAACAAAACGUGGCCGCCCUCACCCUGAAUGCAGGACUGAGGCCAAACUCCCAGCCCCAGGGUUGGGGCGGUGCAGCCAGACUGCCAGGGUCCAGCCUUGCCACCAUUAGCUCUGUGACCUUCAGCAAGUGACAACCUCUCUGGGCCUGUGUUUCCUCAUUCCUCGAGUGGGGACAAUAAUGGUACCCACAUCACUCAUAUCAUGAAAUAAUUGUGAUAAUUACAUAGGUGCUUUGAGCACUACCUAGCACAAGGGAGCCAGUACCGGCAGCCACCAUGGCAUCACGCAUAGGGCUGCGCAUGCAGCUCAUGCGGGAGCAGGCACAGCAGGAGGAGCAGCGGGAGCGCAUGCAGCAGCAGGCUGUCAUGCAUUACAUGCAGCAGCAGCAGCAGCAGCAACAGCAGCAGCUCGGGGGGCCGCCCACCCCGGCCAUCAACACCCCCGUCCACUUCCAGUCGCCACCACCUGUGCCUGGGGAGGUGUUGAAGGUGCAGUCCUACCUGGAGAAUCCCACAUCCUACCAUCUGCAGCAGUCACAGCAUCAGAAGGUGCGGGAGUACCUGUCCGAGACCUACGGGAACAAGUUUGCCGCCCACAUCAGCCCGGCCCAGGGCUCUCCGAAGCCCCCACCAGCUGCCUCCCCAGGAGUGCGAGCUGGACACGUGCUGUCCUCCUCCACUGGCAACAGUGCUCCCAAUAGCCCCAUGGCCAUGCUGCACAUUGGCUCCAACCCUGAGAGGGAGUUUGAUGAUGUCAUUGACAACAUUAUGCGUCUGGACGAUGUCCUUGGCUACAUCAAUCCUGAAAUGCAGAUGCCCAACACGCUACCCCUGUCCAGCAGCCACCUGAAUGUGUACAGCAGCGACCCCCAGGUCACAGCCUCCCUGGUGGGUGUCACCAGCAGCUCCUGCCCUGCGGACCUGACCCAGAAGCGAGAGCUCACAGAUGCUGAGAGCAGGGCCCUGGCCAAGGAGCGGCAGAAGAAAGACAAUCACAACUUAAUUGAAAGGAGACGAAGGUUCAACAUCAACGACCGCAUCAAGGAGUUGGGAAUGCUGAUCCCCAAGGCCAAUGACCUGGACGUGCGCUGGAACAAGGGCACCAUCCUCAAGGCCUCUGUGGAUUACAUCCGGAGGAUGCAGAAGGACCUGCAGAAGUCCAGGGAGCUGGAGAACCACUCUCGCCGCCUGGAGAUGACCAACAAGCAACUCUGGCUCCGUAUCCAGGAGCUGGAGAUGCAGGCUCGAGUGCACGGCCUCCCUACCACCUCCCCGUCCGGCAUGAACAUGGCUGAGCUGGCCCAGCAGGUGGUGAAGCAGGAGCUGCCUAGCGAAGAGGGCCCAGGGGAGGCCCUGAUGCUGGGGGCUGAGGUCCCUGACCCUGAGCCACUGCCAGCUCUGCCCCCACAAGCCCCACUGCCCCUGCCCACCCAGCCACCAUCCCCAUUCCAUCACCUGGACUUCAGCCACAGCCUGAGCUUUGGGGGCAGGGAGGACGAGGGUCCCCCGGGCUACCCUGAACCCCUGGCGCCAGAGCAUGGUUCCCCAUUCCCCAGCCUGUCCAAGAAGGAUCUGGACCUCAUGCUCCUGGAUGAUUCACUGCUACCGCUGGCCUCUGAUCCACUUCUGUCCACCAUGUCCCCCGAGGCCUCCAAGGCCAGCAGCCGCCGAAGCAGCUUCAGCAUGGAGGAGGGCGAUGUGCUGUGACCCUGGCUGCCCCUGUGCCAGGGAACAGGGGCCGGCCUGGGGGCUGGGAGGGCUGGGGGCACCACUCUCCCACCCUUCAGGCUGCACUGUGUGUGAAGUAGCCACCUGCCCUGCCUCCCUCCUCCCCGUUGGCCCCUGUUUGGACUUAGUGCCUGUCUGGCAACCUGUGGGGUCAGGAGAAGCACCCCCAGGGCAGCCCUCUUGACUGGCCCAGUGGGAAGAGGCCUUCAGCCCCUCUCCCAGAGAUGGAAUCGUGGGGCAGUGAGGGGCAGGGUGUUCUAGAGGUGAGAAGAGGGCCUGGUGGAGACGCCCUGUCUUCUGAGCCCGACCCCUCAUUACCGGUGAAGGACAUGCUGGAGGGUCGGGGAGACUCCUUAUCUGAGGCAACUGGUCCUGGGGGUGCCCAGGCCUGCCUUUCUGGGACUCAGAUAGCAGGAGGUCCGCCCCGCAGCCUGGUCCUCGUCCCUCCCACAGGUGGGCACCCCCCACUUUGGUGCUAACAGCUCUCCACCAGGUGGUGUGAGCGCGGGGGCUGCCAGAAGCGGGAGGGGUCACUGCCGGAAGAGCAGCUGCCCUCCGACCCCCCACUUUGUGCCUUUAGUAAACACUGUGCUUUGUA